AUGGCCAAAAUGUCAUCGCCUUUGACACUCCUUUUCAUAUUUUUAUCUUACAUCAUGAUCAACCACCUCCAUGUGGUGAGUUGCAAAACAUGGUGUGUAGUAACUUCGACCGUGACGGAUGCGCAGCUAGAAACAAAUAUCAAUUUUGGAUGUAAACUUAUACUCGAUUGUAGGCGAAUCCUACCUGGUGGAUCCUGCUAUGUUCCCAACACUCUUAAAAGCCAUGCAUCGUUUGUGAUGAACUCUUAUUAUCAGAGCCACGAUCGUACGAAAGAGGCGUGUAGUUUCAAUAAUACAGGUAGAAUUGUUACUAGGGAUCCUAGUUAUGGUAGGUGUAAGUAUGAGUCUUAGAUAUAUUUUAACUCAUAUACAUAAUUGA